GGAGACUCAGAGCAGCAGUGAGGAGGGAGGCAGGGAGGAUCUCAGCUGGAGCAGAGAGAGAGAGAGAGAGAGAGAGAGAGAGGGAGAGGCAUAUAGAGAGAGGAGUGUGUGUCGAGUGUGUGGAUGUACUCGCCUGCCUCGCUGACUGACUGUGUGUGUGUUUGUGUGUGACAGAACGAGGGAGAAAUCGCGUGGAUACUACUCCACAGGACUGGAUGCGUUUGACAUCACGGGAGGAGAGCGUGCACACACACCAAAAAAAAAAGAAAGAGAGCGGGGCGGACACAAACUGCUGACUGAACUGCAGGCAGACACCGGGGCAGAGUGCGGAGGAGUAAGCAGACAAGGCGGAGUGUGGACGCCGUGCCCUUGUGUGACACUGUGGCUGAGAAGAGUCGAUAAGUACAGAGCACACGAGACCUGACUGAUCGCGCCCAUGGCGAGCAAUAACACGGCCAGCAUCGCACAAGCCAGGAAGCUGGUGGAGCAGCUGAAGAUGGAGGCCAACAUCGACAGGAUAAAGGUGUCAAAAGCAGCAGCAGACUUAAUGUCAUACUGCGAAGCCCAUGCCAAAGAGGACCCUCUGUUAUCACCGGUGCCAGCGUCAGAGAACCCGUUCAGGGAGAAGAAGUUCUUCUGUGCCAUCCUGUAAAACUCCCCCGGCAUGGCCCUUCAGCAGUCUGCUCAGUGUGGGACUUUGAACGUGGACGUUCAAAAACAACGUAGAAAUCUUCUAGUGAGAGGGCACGGCGAUUAUUGCCCCCUUUCUCGAACGGCACCUUUAAAGAGUGCAAAAAAUUAAAACCACAGAGUUAACAUGUAACCAUUAGAGGGGUUGUGAUUGCUUUGUUGUGAGGGGGGUGUUGCAGCAUGUUGAAUGGGUCUGUGCUUUAUAGAUGACACAAAAGGGAUGAUGAUGAUGAUGAGGAGUGUGAUGAUAACCCAGAGACGUGAUGGACGACCAGUCAACCUAACAAGUCUUCAGGUUGUGAUGUGUACAAAACGAAAAAAAUAGAUAAAAUGAGAAUAAAAAUAUUUUGUGGUUCUUUUGGGACUUCUGUUAAAUGGUUUGUGGGUGGAUCAAAUUCCGUAGGACAAAAAUACGCCUUCCACUAGACACCACCUGAUUAUUGGAAUGUUUUUUUAAGUUGUUUAUUUUAUGUUUAUUUCAACUUUACCUAUCACCUAGAUAUCUUUCUAUAACUGUACGUGAUUACUGAAACUGCUCUGUUAACUUCUUUUUUUUUUUUACACCAACAGGUUAGUGAAAGCUUUUUUAAUGGGAUGUUUGAAACAUUCGACUCUGUGAUUCUCUUUAUCGAAUACCUUUCUGAAAAUCAAGUCUCUGUGUAUCGACAUCUAUCUGGCAAAUGUGAUGCAGUUUGUCUCCUUCAGAUACAAACCCCCUUUCUACUCUUUGUAUAAAAUGACUAGCAAGUAAACUGUGCUGUGCUGUGA